AUGAGGUAAACACUGUGUAUCUGGUAUGUUCUUUGUACCCCACGUUACCUCGGGUAGGUCAUAGUCCACAAUAAACAAUUACACAAUUAGUCUGUCAUCAGUUACAGGCACGGCACCACAGCAACCGGUUGUUGACCUCCGCUAAUACCGAUCUCCGUCUUUACCUGAAGAGUGACCAACAGGUUUACCUCUGGAUCAGAAGCAAUGGCUAAUACCAUGUGGUUACUCCUCUUGUGCUGCUUGGCUGUACACUCAAGGGAAAUAACUCUACAAACAUACAACGUCGGUCUGAACCCACGUGUGGAAAACAUGGAUAUCAGGAAAGAUGCAGUUGUUCCUGAGCUUAGACAGAACGGAAGUGACGUUGUAUGCCUGCAAGAGAUUUGGAGAAGUGGAGACGUUCAGCACAUUAUCGACUCUCUAAGAGACAUCUACCCAUACUCCCUUAGUCCGCUCCAUGACCAGAUGGGCAAUUUCCACUACCAAACCUUUUGGCCUCCAUGUUUUAGCUGGGCAGCCAUGUCAUUCGCGACCUGCGCACUGACGUAUUGUCGGAACGAACCGACAGAGGAGGAUGUGGUUCGCUGCGUGGUGUCAUGUGGGUUCGUGGAUGUGUCACGUGAGUGUAUCUCUUGCGUAGUGAUUGGAGGAACUUUCGCUUCCCUUAGGGGCUGUGUGUACGGUUUUGGCUAUAACUACAAUCCCCAGGGACUACUCUUGCUCAGCAAGCGGCCGCUCUAUGAUGGAUCUGUCACAGACUAUUUCCCGGGUACAAAGACUAUAGCACAGCGGUCGUAUGUCAAAGCUGAGGUAGAACAUUUCGGUCCUGUUGUUUGCACACAUAUGACGUCAUACCUUGGGGAUUUCUACCUUGAACCCAGUCUGAUGGACAGGUUCCGGGGCUGGGCAGACCAGAGCCAGUAUGAGGCUAGUGUCCUGAUCAGUCUAUUCAACCGUGACCGGAAAGGCGUCAUCAUGGGCGAUCUUAACACAAGUCCAGAUUUACCGAGACGGGGCGUCUUCCCUCACAUGGCAGCUUCCUACAACGAGUUUCUGUACGGCCAUUGGAGCUCGCCUUUCGUGGAAAACGUGGGUACGUGUACAUUCUGUAAGGAUAACGUUCUUACGUUUGACAAUGAGAGUUGGAUUUUGGACCAUGUGCUGACAAAAGGACACCACGUCGUAGACUCCAGGCUUCUUCACACAGCAAACAUCGACGGUCAAAAAUUCCCCGUAUCUGAUCACUACGGCGUAGAGGUAACGUUUGAUGACGAAAUUUGAUGAGCGAACUGUAACACGUGGCUGGCCGCUACCUGUUCAAUGUGACAUUGUAUAGAAACAAAUAUGAGAAAAUUCUUGCAUAAUUAUUGUAAAUGGAAACGUUCUGAUAAAAGUCGUUCCGCAUUCAUUGUGUUAAUGGCAGACGAUCACAAUUGUAUUUGUGGUAUGAAAACCGA